UCGGUCUCGCCGCUCGCCCCUCCCCCUUCCCGCCGCCGUCACCCGGGAAACGGGCCCCGAGCGCCAGCCGAUCCGAAGUUGAUUCCAUGGCAGCAGCGAGGAAAGCAGCUUUGGGCCCUUUGGUGGGGGCGGUGGACCAGGGCACCAGCUCCACGCGGUUUUUGGUUUUCAAUUCAAGAACAGCAGAACUACUUAGUCACCAUCAAGUGGAAAUAAAACAAGAAUUCCCAAGAGAAGGAUGGGUGGAGCAAGACCCUAAGGAAAUUCUGCAGUCUGUCUAUGAGUGUAUAGAGAAAACAUGUGAGAAACUUCGAGAGCUCAAUAUUGAUAUUUCCAACAUAAAAGCUAUAGGUGUCAGCAAUCAGAGGGAAACCACUGUUGUCUGGGACAAGUUAACAGGAGAGCCCCUCUACAAUGCUGUGGCUGCUCCAGUUUCUCCUGACCCUUCAGCUCCAGUUGCCGUUGUUCCUUCUGGCUCUUCGGUUCCAGCUGCUGGUGCUUCCUCAGUAUGGCUUGAUCUAAGAACCCAGUCUACGGUUGAGAAUCUUAGUAAAAGAAUUCCAGGAAAUAAUUUUGUCAAGUCCAAGACAGGCCUUCCGCUUAGCACUUACUUCAGUGCAGUGAAACUCCGUUGGAUCCUUGACAAUGUGAGAAAAGUUCAAAAAGCUGUUGAAGAAAAUCGAGCUCUUUUUGGGACCAUCGAUUCAUGGCUUAUUUGGAGUUUGACAGGAGGAGCCAAAGGAGGGGUCCAUUGUACAGAUGUAACCAAUGCAAGUAGGACGAUGCUUUUUAACAUUCAUUCUUUGGAAUGGGAUAAAGAACUCUGCGACUUUUUUGAAAUUCCAAUGGCGAUUCUUCCCAGUGUCCGGAGUUCUUCUGAGAUCUAUGGCCUCAUGAAAAUCUCUCACAGCCUGAAAGCUGGAGCCUUGGAAGGUGUGCCUAUAUCUGGGUGCUUGGGGGACCAGUCUGCUGCAUUAGUAGGACAAAUGUGCUUUCAGGAUGGUCAAGCCAAGAACACGUAUGGAACAGGCUGUUUCUUACUUUGCAAUACAGGCCACAAGUGUGUAUUUUCUGAACACGGCCUUCUGACAACGGUGGCUUACAAACUAGGCAGAGACAAGCCGGUUUAUUAUGCAUUAGAAGGUUCUGUAGCUAUAGCUGGUGCUGUUAUUCGCUGGCUGCGAGACAAUCUUGGAAUUAUAAGUACCUCCGAGGAGAUUGAAAAACUCGCUAAAGAAGUAGGUACUUCUUACGGCUGCUACUUCGUCCCAGCAUUUUCAGGGUUAUAUGCACCUUAUUGGGAGCCCAGUGCAAGAGGGAUAAUCUGUGGUCUUACUCAGUUUACCAAUAAGUGUCAUAUUGCUUUCGCUGCAUUAGAAGCUGUUUGUUUCCAAACCCGAGAGAUUUUGGAUGCCAUGAACCGUGACUGUGGAAUCCCGCUCAGUCAUUUGCAGGUCGAUGGAGGAAUGACCAGCAACAAAAUCCUCAUGCAGCUGCAAGCCGACAUUCUGUAUAUUCCAGUAGUGAAGCCCUCCAUGCCUGAGACCACCGCCCUCGGAGCAGCCAUGGCAGCAGGGGCAGCGGAAGGAGUCGGCGUGUGGAGCCUCGACCCUGAGGAUCUGUCGGCAGUCACGAUGGAACGGUUUGAGCCACAGAUCAAUGCUGAGGAAAGUGAAAUUCGUUAUUCUACCUGGAAAAAGGCCGUGAUGAAGUCAAUGGGUUGGGCUACGACUCAGUCUUCGGAAAGUGGUGACCCUAGUAUCUUCUGUAGUCUACCCUUGGGCUUUUUUAUAGUGAGUAGCAUGGUAAUGUUAAUCGGAGCAAGGUACAUCUCAGGUAGUCUGUAAAUAAUUCCAGCAACUCAUGGAUUCCCAAGAUGGAGCUUUUUACGUAAUGAGAGGACACCACAAUUUUGUCUGUUCAUGUGAUGACACUAUUCAUAGAAUUUGCUCUUAUUUAUAAGCCACUUGCUGCAUGACCCUCCAAGUAGCCCUGUGGCUCGAAAUAAAGGAAAUGCAGCACAAAGAAUGCUUACGGAAGCAUCUGGUGUUUUUUUGGUUUUUUAAACUCAACAGUGAAGGUUGGGCUGGCCACUUUGGGGACUGAUCCCCACCCUCUUUUGCCGUAAUACUCUGCUCUCAUUCUCUGUAAUAUCUAAGAAGAAUCCAUAUCCUGCUCAUGGCACAUUUCCUCAAACAUAUUCAACCGCCGAUGGAGGAGGAGAUGAUUCUUUGCACUGUCCACACCGGAAUAAAAGGGUAUUACCGACCUGCUAAACUUGAGGGCCUUUAAAACCCAGUUCCUCACAGUUCUCUUUCCUACACAUCAGGGGAGAGCGCGCCAUCUCCACAGGGUGUCUAAUCAAAACUUCUACUAAGCUUUUGACAUGGAAAUGUGGCACCCUGGUAGCUUAGAUAGUUUACUGAAAAUCAUUUGCCUAAACUGAAAUUCUUCAGAUAUUUUACACAAUCAGGUUCAAUAAUUACAUGCGCUGAGCCGCUGACUGGUUCUUACUGGGAAUGAUACGGUUUUCCUCCUUCCUUCUUUCCAUCCCUCUCUUGUAUUUUUUACUUUGUAUGUGUAGCAUACAUUUUCUAUCAUGAGGGAAGCCCAUUUCAUAAAUUAAGAGCACAUUGCAUUCAGGAGCUUACAACAGGGCUGGUCUUAAGUGGACCAGUAUGUAUAUAAAUAUUUGUUGGGACACAGCUGUAUACAUUUUUUCCCCUAAUGGUUAUGCAUAUUAUUUACUGGAAACUUUGCUAAAGAGGCAACAUUUACAUUGUAAGUAGAUGUUCUAUGUCAAUAAAAGAAAAUAUACUUUUUUAUGAAUUCAAUUAUAUAUCGUUUACCUUUAUAUUUACUUGUCUUACUUGGAUAUAUACUGAAGGAAAAAUACCUGCAGUAAACAUUGUUUUCAAAUACAAGCUCUGGUCCAAAUAAAGUAGUUAUAUCCCCCUCCACAGUUAUAUCCCCCACCUCUUGACUCAAUUGAGAAAUUUGGAUUCUUUGGGAGGGGGUGAGAAUAUAGCAAAAGGAUUUUUUUUAAACCCUAUAUUUAAAACAACUUAUUUAAGAAUAAAACCAAGAUUCUCUUUCCUUCGCUGGUAAGAAAUCGUAUUCUCUCUUUGGAGUGACACAGAAUUGCCUUCUCCUCAUGUCUCCUCACAACUGAGAAAGCUUCACCAUUGGAAAUGCCUUCAAAUGAAGCCGCUUUCCCCCGAUAUGCAGUGUUGCGUUAUGGAAGUCACCCAGUCCCAUGGACCGCCCAUGUGUAAACUAACUUAAAGUUAAGAAAAGAGUGCCUCCGCCUUAUUUCUUUACUCAUUGAGGAAUAUGGGAAAAUGCAAAGGCUUUUGGCUUUCUUUGGAAUUCAUGGUAGCUUGUAUUUGCAAUUCUGAUUAUGCUGUUGAUAAAUUAUCCAGCUUCCUGAGUUUGUUUCUUUUUUAAUGCAAUUGAUACAGAAAUAACACAUAUUAUUUGAAAGUUACCCUAAAAUGAUUACUUAGUGGUAGGGUACUUUUUAAUAUACUCACCUUUCUACAAAAGUGGUUAAGUUCAUUGUAAAUAACAGUGAAAAAUCCCUAUGCAAAUGAUUUUAGGAUCAUAUUUUUUUAUGAAUUGUAUGAUUUGUAAAUUAUGUUUGAAAUUGUAUGUGUUCGAUUGGUCCUGCCCUGUUACUUGCACUUCUCAUUGCCAGACUAGUGCCUAGUUCACAAUGACGUUCAGAAAACUGUCUCAGGAAAUGUGAAACCCAGCUGUUAGCACUUGAGGAGGCACCUUCGGAAGAAUCGGCCAACCACGGAGGAAGUAGCUUCUGGGAAUGACAGGCACCUUCAUCAUUCGAUUCAAAGAGACUAUUGUUCCGUCUCAGCAUUUUCAAGAAAUACCUUGGUGAGGUCAUUAGUGUCUCACAUGAUUAGCCAUGACCUUUUAGUAGAGAGACACUAGUUUCUCUCUACUCCCUAGCCCACAUCCAAUCAUUUCUUCUCCAGCUAAUCAAUAAAAGAACUAAUGCAUCUUUGCUUCUGUAA